UCAUUUCGUAAAAUGGCUGCCAUCAGGUGUAGAAUUUAUUUAUAAAGUGAAAAAUUAUUGAAGUCGUUCAUUUUUAAGUAAUCAAAAAUUAUCUUCGUGCUUUCUGAAAGUCCCAUGAAUAAUCCUCGAGACGCAUAAAUAUUAGUUAACUAUUUUUAUAUCGGUGAAAUUUUUCGAAUGUAGUCGUAAUCGUUAUUGUGUGACAAGACUUAAACUAAGUGCGGAAGUAUAAAAAAAGCGUAUGUGAAGCUGUCAAAGACACUUAUGUCAAUUUGUCCAUAACUAUAAGCGUUGAUGAAUGUCUGAGAGUGAUAUUUACGACUCGGCGGACGAAUAUACAAGCCUAAUGGACGGUCACGUCGCGGAAUCUCGCACGGACGAUUUGGGCUUGGUCACUGGUCGAAAAAGGCGUUCUCGCAUUAGUAACGAAGAGAUUGAAAAUGGUAUUCCUGAAGUCCAUGUUCAGACACCAGGUAUAUCGAAUAAUGCAAGUUCAGGUAGGAGAGGUACAUCAGGCAAUAGUGGCCAGGGUAGAUCUAGAAAUUAUAGAGAUGAAGAGGAAGAGGAAUUAAAGUAUGGAGCAGCACAUGUCAUUAAAUUAUUUGUGCCUGUAUCCCUUUGUAUGUUAGUUGUAGUUGCCACAAUUAGUUCUAUAAACUUCUAUACAACCAAAGGAAUGUAUUUAGUAUACACUCCGUUUCAUGAAGACAGUGCUGACACAAGUACCAAGGCUUGGCAAGCAGUUGCUAACUCUUUGAUACUCAUGAGUGUCAUUGUAUUUAUGACUGUGAUACUUAUUGUCCUAUACAAAUACAAAUUUUACAAAGUAAUCCAUGGAUGGUUGAUAAUAAGUUCCUUAUUGUUGUUAUCUAUGUUUUCCAUGUUAUAUUGCGAGCAAGUAUUAAAGGCAUACAACAUUCCAAUGGACUUGUUUACAUUAGGCUUAGUUCUGUGGAAUUUUGGAGUAGUUGGAAUGAUAUGUAUACAUUGGCAAGGUCCCUUGCAAUUACAACAAGCAUAUCUUAUUUUUAUCUCUGCUCUAAUGGCGCUUGUUUUUAUCAAAUAUUUGCCAGAAUGGACAGCAUGGGUUGUACUAGGUGUUAUCAGCAUUUGGGAUUUAAUUGCUGUGUUAACACCAAAAGGACCUCUAAGAAUACUUGUUGAGACCGCACAAGAGCGAAAUGAGUCUAUUUUUCCUGCAUUGAUUUAUUCUUCUACAAUUAUGUACACAACCACAAUGACUUACGCUGGUUAUGUACAAACUGCAACGAUGACUACCAGCGACAAUGCUACUGGUGACAGCACGACAUAUACAAUGAGUGAUCAAGCAGAUAAUCAACACAAUCCUGCAUCGGGAGAUGCAGAAGAGAGUGGGUUUACUCCUGAAUGGAUAGAUACACAUGGUGAUCGAGGAGCGAGGCGAGCGCAAGAAGUACGUGAAAACACUUUAUCCCUAACAGAAAGAUCAAGGCAACAAGAUAAUCGCGUUGCGCGUGAAUCACAAGGGCAGCAAAUUGCAAUUACCGAAGAAGAACGAGGUGUGAAAUUAGGUCUUGGUGAUUUUAUAUUCUACAGUGUUUUAGUUGGGAAAGCUUCCAGUUAUGGCGAUUGGAACACCACGUUGGCUUGUUUCGUUGCUAUUCUUAUUGGGCUUUGCUUGACACUAUUGUUACUGGCUAUAUUCAAGAAGGCAUUGCCCGCAUUACCAAUCUCUGUUACGUUUGGUUUAACAUUUUAUUUCGCCACAAGGGUAAUUGUUGCGCCGUUUGCGGAUAAUUUAGCGAGCGAGCAAGUGUUCAUUUAACUGUAGAAAUCCGCACGGACGCCCGCCGCUUCUAGGGGGAAGAGCAGCGUGGUAGUGCCGGACUCCAACCGGACAAAACCUCCACGAUGACCAUCCCUAUUGCGAUCGAGGGGUGCCCGAGAACCGCUGUGGCGACACACCGGGCCCCCAUGAUUCUUAACUGAGAAGAAGGCAACUCGGAGUAAGACAAAAUCCUAUACACCAACAGCAGCAGUACCUCUCAUCAACGAGACCUCUACCCAUCUCGACCUAUACAGCAGCACCACCUGUCAGGACUACUAUCGCACCUCAAUUGUAAUAGUUCUGAUGACCAUAGCUAUUAUAUUUGUGCCAGUAUUCAAAAGCAACUAUCACCGGACGACGGCAACAUAGUGGUUAGCGCCUUUGGUUACGAACGUUCGAGACCCCGGUUUUCAAAUUCCGGCGCCCGUAGUCCGAUUUUUCUUUCUACGAUACUUAAAUAAGAAAAAGCAGCGGUAUCUACCAGUGCAAUCUAUACCAGCAGCAGUACCUAUCAGUGCAAUCUAUAUCAGCAGCAGUACCUAUCAAUCAGUGCAAUAUAUACCAGCAGCAGUACCUAUCAAUCAGUGCAAUAUAUACCAGCAGCAGUACUUAUCAGUGCAGUAUAUACCAGCAGCAGUACCUAUCAGUGCAAUCUAUACCAGUAGCAGCAGCACUAUCACCCACAACUAUUACACCUCAAAUUGGUGAAUUGACGUGAUCGACAGCGAAAAAAGGUGACUGUGAUAACGCUAUCGAGACUUCAUCAUUGCGAAUCUAAGACUGUGGAAACUGGAUCCACCGCUAUGACGAACACGAAACGGCCCUUCCGUCUUCAACGCAUCUGGACGCCUCACCUGCGAUCGAUGCAAGCAGGUGACAGGAUACGUGAUGAUGACCGAGCCAAGAGUGAUGCAGCCAACGCAAAGUCUCUAUGGGUAUAUCACCUUUGCACGUCAUACUGAAGAACGGGGGCCUACAACCGUACGUCAAAACGCCUGCACUGUACCGACAGACGCACCGCCACAUCGAAGACUUCGCGCAACAUCUGCACGGGUUUGACAACAAGCGGCAGUUGCCCUUACCCCGCAUCGAAACUACAAAUCCGCAGAUAUUGAACUCUUGCAACCGCACAUGGAGACAAUGACCGAAGUCAUAUGACCAUAUGCAUAACACAAAGAAGAAACGUUAUCACUGGUAAGGGGAUACUGUGACGGCACUCAACAACUAUCGUCGAACGACGACAGCGCAGUGGUUAGCGUUUUUGGUUACGAACGUUCGGGACCCGGGUUAUCAAAUCCCGGCGCUCGUAGUCCGAUUUUUAAAUAAGAAAAAGCAGCAGUACCUCUCAGCGCAAUCUAUUGCAGCAGUAGCACUACCACCCACAACUAUUACAUCUCAUAUUUGUUAUUUGAGAAAAAAAUUUUGAGAAAAAAAUUUUGGGACGUAAAUUAUAAUUGUUUAAUUAUAACAAUUAACAAAUUUCAUGUAUGAAGACAAUCAAUAGAAUGAAGAAAAUAAUCUUACUCACCUUGCUACCAUACAUUUGUCUCAUAGAAAUAUACAGUUCUCGAAAUCUCCUAUAUCUACGUAAGAGCGUCCAGCUAUCGUCCUGCGCUACGACGCGUACCUCAUAUUCGUAGUGACUGGACGUGCCAGCUCCACGUAACACGUAGGAAGGUAUACUAACGAUUCUGUUAAUCACAUUGUCGUUAUCGGCUUCGUUUGCUAUCAAAGAUGGCAAAGACCUCGUGAUUGUCAGGGAAUAUGGGCUACUCAAACGAUCACCUCGAUUUUGACUCUAAAAGAAAGGUCAGAUAUUAUAACAAAUGAUCUUCAUAUUUUCAUUAUUGAAAGAUAAUUUUUAGUUAUCUUCCAAUUUACAUCAUGCAUAUUAUAAAUUACCGUUAAAUAUACUGUUGAAUAUCCUCUUCCCGCUGAUAUUCGUGGCACUACCGAUUCUAAGAAGUUCUCCCCAUUGAUAUUAGGCCUGUGGUUCCUGAGAAUUGGAGAUUGCAUUGUGGCCACGGUCAGCAACGUGGCUGAGCUAGUCGUGGACUCUACAUCACGGCACGAAAUUGUUUCUACUGUUUGUGCAGGAUCAUUCGCAUCAUCAACUGUCAAUCUAUCAUUACAUUCUGAUUGUUGCUUGAGAUUCUUUCGUUCGUCUUCUAAAAGCGAUACUUCUAAUUCAAUUUGCUGCUUUUGAAGAUCUUGUAAGAUCGCAAUUUGUCUAUUCAGAUCUUCUUUCGAGGGUGUGCCGGGCUCUAGGCACCUCACCACCAUUUUUCGUUGACGAGCGAUUUUUUUGUUCAAUCGUUUCAUCGCUGGAUUUUGUUGCACAGGUGACUCCAGCGAAUCUUCAGGAAUAUCCUCCUCCGUAAUAGAAUUCGUUGGAGACAUUGAUUCUGUUUUCUCACUGUUAACGCUGCCAUUACACUUUUCUGACUUGAUGAUCGUAUCUAUUGAAGACUUUCUAUCUAAGUUCAACAAACUUCUGCUUUCUACUCCACACAAUUUAGCUCUAUCAUUCUCUAAGUGGACUUCUGGGGAAGAUUUCUGCUGCUUGUUAGGUUCUCUUUGCUUAUCACUUGAUGAUGUCUGAGAUUCUUUUGUUUCCGAAUUUUCAAACAGAAUUCUAGGUUCAGGCGAGUCAGCUGCAGCUGUAUGAAAAGUAUCUGCUGUGUCUAUAGAACUUGGAAUAUUUUGUGGCAGUAGACUCAAGGCAGAAGCUAUCUGAAGUUUUCUAUUGCACCCCUGCAACGAUUCAAUAUCUCCAUUGUGAAUAAAUUCGUCGUCGCUCAAGGAACGAUCACCUGGUGAAGCAGGCAAUGCACGCUUCAAGUUUAAUGAAAGACUUUGUUUUCUUCUCAGGAUCUCCUGCAAUUGCUCUUGGCUCCGCGUCGCCAACAACAACUUCUUCUCUGUGUUUUCUUCUCCUUCAAACUAGAAACAUAAAUAUUUAAUAUUUAAUGAGAAUAAGGAAAGUAAGUUAACUUCUAGUUGUAAACAGUAUCCUAACCUCGAGAUUAAACAUAUGCUUUUGCGUUUUAGCUAUCUCCAUCAACUCUUCUUCCAUCUUGUCUACCUUGCUCUGGUGUUCAUUGAGGGAUUUCACCUUGUUCUGUAGCUCAGUCUCCAAUACAGCCAAUUCUUUCUUCUGGAAAGUAGAUUUUUAGAAUUGGAUUUUAUUUCUUGAUUCUUUUAUAAUGUUCUCUUGAUUAUAGGAACUAGCCAAUUUUUGUUUUUGAUUUUUCUAUGAACUGUAUUUUUCUAAUGAAAUUCAUAUAUACAAAAUUUAAUGAUAUAAAGAUUUGCAUAAAUAUGCACAGUCUAGUGGUUAAGUAAAUAAAAGACUAAAUGAUAAUUAAAGAGAUGUAGUUCACAAAAACAUGAAGUCCUUGCUUAAAAAAAGUUAUGGCUUGAACUAGUUUCUAGAAUUAAUCCAAUCAUUAAGAUUAUAGUUAAACUUGAGAAAGGAUGGUUUUAGAAU